GGGCUGAGGAGUGGGCUGGGGGUCACCCGGACGUCGGUUCCCAGGCCCUCGGUGUGACUCUAGGUGCGAGAUGGUGGUUGGUUGUCAUACAGCGUGAGGCUGUCAUCUGAUGUGACUGUGCACGUCGUAUCUGUGACCGUGGGCGCAGGCGAGUCGAUGGUUGGUGCUACAGAGUGUGAGACUGUGAGUGGGGGUGGGAGGGUAUUGUGUCCCCCGUUGUUCCAGUACCCACGGCCUCUUUAUAACUGGAGUUGUUUGAGGGUAAACGUAGGUUGUGGUACCCUAGUGUUUGAGACUUGGAGCUACAGAUGAGCGUGACGGGGGUGCAACAGAAGGAAAGAGAAGCUGAAAAAUUCUAGGCUGGUGAUUCUGGAUGCUGCAAGGAAACCCUAGUUUUUCAUGUUCUCUUCCCCAUCUCAGUCAUCUGAGGACACUGCCAUUUCCCAAGAGAAGAGCUAAGAGGAGGAAAGAAUGGCUGUUGGACUUCUUAAAGCCAUGUACCAGGAGUUGGUAACCUUCAGAGAUGUGGCUGUAGAUUUCUCCCAAGAGGAGUGGGACUGUCUAAAUUCUUCUCAGAGGCAUCUGUAUAGUAAUGUGAUGUUGGAGAACUACCGGAUCUUGGUGUCCCUAGGACUUUGCUUUUCUAAGCCAAAUGUGAUAUUAUUGUUGGAACAAGGGAAAGAGCCCUGGAUGGUGAAGAGAGAGCUGGCAAAAGGCUUGUGCUCAGGCUGGGACUCUAUGUGUGACACUGAAGAAUUAACUUCAAAGCAGAACAUUUAUGAAGCACAGUCAUCACAGAAGAUAAUAGAAAAACUCACAAGCUAUGGCCUUGAGUAUUCUAGUUUGAGAGAAGAAUGGAAAUGUGAGGGCAAUUUUGAGAAACAGUCAGUUAAUCAGAAGGCGUGUUUCAAAGAAGAGACAAUCACUCAUGAAGAAGCCCUUAUUAAUAAAAGAGCACAAGAAUAUAACAAAUCUUGGGGAGGUUUCCAUCUGAACACACUGCUUCAUACACAACAGAUAAUCACCAAAGAGGAAAAAGUUCUUAAGCAUGAUACACAUAAGAAAAGCUUUACAAAAAAUUUAAUGGCCAUUAAGCCCAAGAGUAUCUAUACAGAGAAGAAACUCUUGAAAUGUAAUGACUGUGAAAAAGUCUUUAGCCAGAGUUCAUCUCUUACUCUUCAUCAAAGAAUUCAUACUGGAGAGAAACCAUAUAAAUGUGUAGAAUGUGGAAAAGCCUUUAGCCAGAGAUCAAAUCUUGUUCAACAUCAGAGGAUUCAUACUGGAGAGAAACCCUAUGAAUGUAAGGAAUGUAGGAAAGCCUUCAGUCAGAAUGCACACCUUGUUCAACAUCUGAGAGUUCAUACUGGAGAAAAACCUUAUGAAUGCAAGGUAUGUAGGAAAGCCUUUAGCCAGUUUGCUUACCUUGCUCAACAUCAGAGAGUUCAUACUGGAGAGAAACCUUAUGAAUGUAUUGAAUGUGGGAAAGCAUUUAGCAAUAGAUCAUCCAUUGCUCAACACCAGAGAGUUCAUACUGGUGAGAAACCGUACGAAUGUAAUGUCUGUGGGAAAGCAUUUAGCCUUCGUGCAUACCUUACUGUACAUCAGAGAAUACAUACUGGAGAGAGACCCUAUGAAUGUAAGGAAUGUGGGAAGGCUUUCAGCCAGAAUUCACAUCUUGCUCAACAUCAGAGAAUUCAUACUGGAGAAAAACCUUAUAAAUGUCAAGAAUGUAGGAAAGCAUUCAGCCAGAUUGCCUACCUUGCCCAACAUCAAAGAGUUCAUACUGGAGAGAAACCCUAUGAAUGUAUUAAAUGUGGAAAGGCUUUUAGCAAUGACUCAUCCCUUACUCAACAUCAGAGAGUUCAUACUGGAGAGAAGCCUUAUGAAUGUAAUGUUUGUGGAAAGGCUUUUAGUUACUGUGGAUCCCUCGCCCAACAUCAGAGAAUUCAUACUGGAGAAAGACCUUAUGAAUGUAAGGAAUGCAAGAAAACUUUCAGGCAGCAUGCACACCUUGCUCAUCAUCAGAGAAUCCAUCUUGGGGAAUCACUAUCACCACCCAAACCAGUCAAUCACCAGGUCCUCUAGACAUUCUCAUAAAUAUUUCCAGAAUUUAUACUCUUUUCUCUAUGUCUAAUGUUGCCAUAGUCUACAAUUCAUCUCACCUGGAUCACCAUGCUAUAGCUUUCUAACAUGUCUCCCUGUAUCAACUUUUAGUCCCUUUAAAUUCAUUUCCCACCAUGACCCAAACUGAUUUUUUUGAGUGUAAGAAUACAUCACUGCCUCCAAUUAAAACUUUUUUGGGGCUUACUAUUGGUCUUAAGCUAAUAUCUACAGUCUUAAAAUUGUCUAUGAGGCAUUUCAUAUUUGGUUCUAAACCUUUCAGCCUUAUUUUGUUCCAGUCUCCUCCUCUGAGCACUAGGCACUUCCCAGGACUAAGAGCUUAGAUUCUGGAAAAUCAUAGCUCUACAACUACUGUGGCAUUAUGUGACUUUGAGUAAUUUGUUUGACCUAUGUAAACCUCAGGGUUUUCUUUAAUUCUUAAAAUAGGGAUAAUAAAGGAUACUGUAUUGUAGAAAUGUGAUUAUUAAAUGAAAUAGUGUCUGUCGUAGAUUGAUGCAUAUUAAGUAAUAAAUUUGCAUGUAAAGUGCUUCACAUAGCACAACAGCAGAUUUUCAGUAAGUCAUGAUAGCUUACAUGUAUUGAGUGCCUACUAUGCACCAGGCACUGUUCUACAUACUCAACAUAUAUAAACUCACUCGUCACAGCUAGAAUAAGAUUCCUCAGUGGAUAAAGUAGAACAUUCCUGGGAAGCAGCAGGUCAGAAUUGAGAAAACCCAAACAUUUGAGAAACAUAAGUGGGAGUCUUCAUACUCUAGAUAAGUAAUCAAUAUAGACACAAGUAGUAGACCUAUACCUACAACCAGUUUUAGGAAGUUUCUAAAGAUAAUUGGAUAAACCAAUCAAUAUAAAGAAAAUGGGGAUUCACACAGAAUACAGAACUCACAUUUAGAUCAAGGAAAGAAAACACUAUCACGAUUAACUCCAAAAAACAAUAAACAUAGAAAAUUCAUACUAUCCCAUAAAAAGACACCAGGCUCAAGCAAUUGUAUUGGGUGAAUCUAGGUAAAUUUAAGGUUUUAAUUGUUCCAUACCACAGAAAAAGUACAAAUUUUGUAAAUUUUUUAACCAGUGGUUGUAAAAUUGAAACCAAAAGGGGAUUGAGGGAAAGAAGUUGCAAAUAUAUAUAGGCUUUUACAUAUUUGAAAUAUAUAUGUUUCCACUCAUUCAGUGAAUAUUGAGUAGCUACUGUUUGCUGGACACUGUUUUAGAUAUGAGGAGACAGUAGUGAUCAAUACUAAGACUAUGUCCUCAUGGAGUUUAAAGUUAUUUAAAGGCUCAAAUUGAAUUGAAAUUGUUCAUAGUUAAAUAUAAAAUAGAUUCUCUCAACUCAGCAAAAUGAAGAAUAAUAAACUGGGAGGAGCAUAUAAUCUAGGCAGAAGAGACUCAGGAUAAUAAUGUUAUGUUAUUCCUAAUUCACAAAUUCACUGCAAUUAGAACUAAAACUCCUCAGGUCUUUUUGCCCUUUAAUUUCACAACUUUGUUCUGAAAUUCAUCUAUGAAGUGUGACUUCUUAAGACACCAAGAAAAUUAUUGAGUCUGACCUACAGAAAUUCUGCAUAUGAGAAAGAUGGUUUAUACCUGUAGAGAAAGGAUGGAUUUGAGGUUAUUAGAAUAAUUGUUUAUAUCCAUUACAGUAAGGGAAAUGCAAAUAAAACCACAGGUAACUAUUUCAAAAUCAUCACAUUGGCAAAAGUGUCACACAGCCAAUUACUGGAAAGAUGUGGAACAGUAGGAUGUUCAUACAGUGCUAUUGGAAGUAGUUGUAUUUAGGAUAAUUUAGCAAUAUCUAGUAAAGCUGAAAAUGUGCAUACUCUCUGACCCAGCAGUUCCAUACUUAAACCUACUAUAGUCUCUCCUCAUGUGUUUAGGGUGAUGUAUAUGAAAGUCUAUAUCAGCAUUAUUUGAGAAUGAAAAGUUCAAAGCAAUCAAAAUAACCAUUAGGGUGAAUGUAAGUUAUAGCCCAAGACAAAAGGAAUGAAGUAGAGAUACUUCUAUCAACAUGGAUAAAUCUUUUUAAAAAAAGGAUACAUGUUAAAAUAAUAUUAAUGAAAUGGAACUGGAGAGUAUUUUGUAUGAGAUGGUACCACUUAUAUAAAGUUUGAAAAUAUGCAAAUUGAUGCUAUGUGUAUAUGGCUAAAUACCAUAUAGAUUUAGUGUUACAACAUUCAUGGAAAUAAUAAAUCCAAUACAGGAGUGACAUAUGGAAGGGGAAAAAUGAGAUUGAGAAAAGGAUGCAAAGGGAGAUAUGUUUUAAUCAUUUACUUCUUUAAAAAAUAAGCAAGUGUGGCCAAUUCUUAUAAAUCGAUAUAACUGGUUGUUGGUUUAUAGGUAGGUUCUUAUUCUCUGUAUCUUUCAUAAUAAAAAAAUAAAGAACAUUUAAAUAUUUGUUUUUGUCAAGUUAUUUCCUUGCUAUACCUCAGUCAUGACACUGGUAUUCCCAUCUAUAUUCACCAUUCUCUUCAGAGAGAAGCUGACACAUAAUUGAUCAUACAGUCUCUUCAUUCUUUUAAUGUAGCA